AAGGGAUAUUUAGACAAGUUAUGUCUACGAUGGCUAACCCGACGGGUACCACCAACCCAUUGCUUGAGAAAGCACUGGUUUUGGUAAUUAUAUUGACACUGACCAUUCUAUUAGUUAACGGAAUAAGCAUAUUUAUCAACGAAACCACAGUCACGUAUGCAACUCAAGCAUUGGGCAUACUGUUGUCCAUACUUGUGCUUUGUCUUUGUUACAAACUUGACUACUUGGUAAAACCAUUUACCAAGUGGCAUUGGGCUACCCUGUUGCUAGUUUCAAUUUUUUGUGCGCUUUAUAACUCGUUGGUUUUUAAGGUUACAGAAAUAUCUGUUGCUUACGAAAAUGGAGCAUCAUACUAUGUCUACAGCAUAGCCGGUACAUGUCUGUUAGUGAUGGCGGGUACCUUGCUUUGUGGUUGGAAGUGUGGAUUAUUUAAACAGCCAUGCUGUCGUUCACAAUGGGCAUGUUACGUCUCCAUCGCCAUUGUGGUAUUGGCCAUAUUAGCGACAUGCGGUAUGGCUGUUCCGUUGCAUGCAUUUGUAACUCGAAGUUUUGUUUAUUCGGGAGACGGUAACACCGACGUCAAUAACCUAAAAAAUUCGGCACGUCCGGUAGUGUUACUGGCGGAAAUAUACUCCACAUCAUUGUUAUAUGUAAUCAUACUGAAGUUACCCUAUUCUUUCUACGAGGUUGUGAUAUUGAUGCUAUUAUCAAUAUCGUUCGGGGCUCUAAUUACGUUGAUGAUAUAUCAAGGUACUUAUAGUUUCCAGCAAAAUCAACAUCAUGUCUUUUACCCCCUUGUCGUUAUUUGUUAUGGAACAACUUUAGUUUUGAUUAUGAUUGUCAAAUCGCAUGAGCCAUUUAAUUGGCUAUGGAGCAAAGACGUUUUCUGCUGUAUGGUGUUUGGAGCACUGGCAGUAUUAUCACUAAUCCUAUUGCUGGUCAUCUGUAUCGGAUCAUCAGACAACGGAUUCUCUCAAGAAGCUAAAAACGUUGGUUAUAUAUGCGUUAUAUCCCUUUACUUAAUGGGAUGUAUUGCAGCAACUAUUUUCUACAGCUAUCGGCUAGGCAUCUUUACGUGUAAGAAAAAUAACCUGAGAAAAGAAGAAAGUGUCAAGGUAGAGCAUGAAUCGGCAAAUGAAUUUAAAGAUGAAGAUACUAAAUAAGGUAAAAGUUUUGUUCUAAAGGUUUAUUCCCAUAGAAGUAUGGAAUGCGACUAAA